UUUCAGAGACUUGCAAUUUUUUAUUGGUUCUGAAAGUUACAAUUAUUUAUAGCUUGUUCAUAAAUAAAUAACGUAAACUAACUAAAAAUAAAAUAUAAUUCCAUCUUCCCCGUCUUCUUGAAUGCGACAAUAUAAAACAAAAGUUUUACAUUGAACAAUUAUUCUAAGAGCAGAAAUUUAAGCACACGAUAACUAUUUCAUGUGAUUUAUAAUCAAGUUGAUACUUCGGGUAAUAGUCAAACGCCGAAGGCCAAAAUGGCGGCAUGUGAUGGGGGAUUUGAUUCAUUUGAAACCGAAACUGCCUUGCUUGUAUCUUUUGUUAAGAAUCACACAAAAUAUGGAAGUACAUCAAAUUAUGCAAUACGAAGAGAAAGGUGUAUUAAACAUAUCAUUCAACCAACGGAUACAUUACAAGGACUUGCUCUUCGUUAUGGAGUUACUAUGGAGCAUAUCAAACGAGUUAACAAACUAUGGACAACAGAUACUUUAUUUCUCCGGCCGUAUAUAAACAUUCCUGUUCCUAUUGAUAGAGCUGGUUCUUCUCCUGCCAACUACGUUGAAACACCAAUUACCAGUCCAUCUAAAGAAAACUUUAACCAUUUUACGAUGGAGAUCCAUAAUGGCGAAGAAAAGAAAGUGGAACGAUGAUUACUAUAGUUUUGGGUUCACAUGUACAACUGAGAUAAGUGAGACAGAAAGACCUCAAUGAUUUUUAUGUUCAGUGAUAUUUUCUAAUGCAAAUUUGAAACCUUCCAAACUCAACAAACAUUUCAACAGAAUACAUGGUGGUAGAGAAGCACGAUGAAAAAAUACUGAAGGUGAAGAAGGCACGUUUUGAUCAUCUAGGAACUCUUCCAAAGAUAUGAAAUGUACCAAUUGAAAAGCCUGUUCUUGAAGCAUCCUACCAAGUUGCGUAUCAGAUGGCCAAUGCGAAAAAACCUUAUACCAUCGCUGAAGAGUUAGUGAAGCCAUGUAUCCUUGAAGUUGUUAAGACCAUUCUGGGGAAAGAUGCAGAAAGGAAGGUGCAACAAGUACCAAUGUCUAACAAUGUCAUCAGGAACAGAAUAACUGAUAUGAGCGAGGACAUCUUGGAACAAGGCAACUCCUGUAAAAAUAUCAUUGCAAUUGGAAGAAUCUACAGAUGUUUCCCAUUGUAGCCAACUGAUUGCUCUUGUUCGUUAUGUCAAGAAUGAAGAAGUAUUAGAAUACAUCCUAUUCUGUGAACCACUAAAGACCACCACAAAAGGCCAGAAUGUGUUCGACCUCAUAAAAUAAUUUUUCUUAAAACAUGGAUUGGAUAUGAACAUUGUUGGUUCCAUAUGUACAGAUGGCACUCCUGCUAUGCUAGGAAAUCGGUCUGGAUUUGCAGCCCUCAUGAAACGGGAAAUUCCUGAGGUCCGUGUCACACACUGCCUGCUUCAUCGGUAUGCAUUAGCAGCGAAGACUUUACUAAAAAGUCUGCAAGACGUUUUGUCAACAUGUGUGAAAAAUGUUAACGUAAUUAGAGGAUUUUCACUGAACCAUCGUUUAUUUCAAGCAUUUUGUGAAAGCAUGGAUUCUGAACACACGGUUCUACUGUACCACACGGAGGUGAGAUGGCUAUCCCAUGGACAUGUCUUGCAGCAAAUAUUUGAGCUUCAUAAGGAGAUCAAGACAUUUUUAAAGAAUCAAAAGUUGGAUCUCUUUUCUUCAUUUGAUUCCCCAGAGCUUGUGCAAAUGCUAGCAUACUUGACCGACAUAUUUACUCACUUAAAUGAACUAAAUAUUUCCCUCCAAGGAAGUAAUAAAAACGUGUUUAUUGCACAUGAAAAAUUGGCUUCCUUCAAAGCUAAAAUUCCUUUGUGAUUGAGAAAUAUUGAGAAGGGAAAUUUGGGUAGGUUUCCAUCACUGGAAGAAGUUGUUGAAGAACACGAGUCACUACUUCCAGAAGUUGCCACAGCAAUACACAUUCACUUUGAACAGCUAUUAAAUGCCUUUGUUGGGUAUUUCUCUGCAGGAAAUUUGGCUAGGUUUCCAUCACUGGAAGAAGUUGUUGAAGUACACGAGUCACUACUUCCAGAAGUUGCCACAGCAAUACGCAUUCACCAUGAACAGCUAUUAAAUGCCUUUGUUGGGUAUUUCUCUGCAGGAAAUUUGGCUAGGUUUCCAUCGCUGGAAGAAGUUGUUGAAGUACACGAGUCACUACUUCCAGAAGUUGCCACAGCAAUACACAUUCACCAUGAACAGCUAUUAAAUGUCUUUCAUGGGUAUUUCUCUGCAGGAAAUUUGGCUAGGUUUCCAUCGCUGGAAGAAGUUGUUGAAGAACACGAGUCAGUACUUCCAGAAGUUGCCACAGCAAUACGCAUUCACCUUGAACAGCUAUUAAAUGCCUUUGAUGGGUAUUUCUCUGCAGGAAAUUUGGCUAGGUUUCCAUCGCUGGAAGAAGUUGUUGAAGAACACGAGUCACUACUUCCAGAAGUUG